AGAGCUGGAGUUGUUUCACGGCUCCAUAGAGAGUGCAAGCGGCAGCGCCGGUGGGAUCCUGCAGUAAUACUCUAGAUCAGCCUGGACUUUCAGACUACUCAAAACACCGACCAACUGCACCAAGGAAGACCUGCGUGUAUAUUUUCCAGGACGCUCUAUAUAUUUCUAGCUUUUCAUGGAAAGCUUGUGUUCGUGAACUGAGUUAAUGAAAGCUUUGUGAAGAAACUGGCUUACACAAGGAGUCAUUUUGUUCGGCGCACUCGCUCGGGGUCUCCGGUAAAUAAAUGUCUUGCGGGAUUCACACUCUGGAGAGUAUUUUACGGUCUUGUUUGUUCUGACUUGUGCCUGGUGCUCACUUCUGAAAGCCUCUAAAUGCCGGGAAUCAGCGCGAGCCCUUUACCCUAUGCAUGCUGGGACAUGGAUGAUCCGGAUCAGUACCAACACUACUUCUAUGAUGACCACGAUCCAGAUGAAGACUUCUUUAAGUCCACUGCACCCAGUGAGGACAUCUGGAAGAAGUUCGAGCUUGUGCCCACACCGCCCAUGUCUCCCGUGAGGAGGCUGGAUGAAACAUCGGUGUGUCCAUCACUGGGGGACAAACUCGAGUGGGUGUCCCACUUCUUGGGCCAGGACGACGAGCAUGAGGCACAAUGCAACCUGAGCUCGAUAAUCAUACAGGACUGCAUGUGGAGCGGCUUUUCAGCCACUCAGAGGCUCGAGAAGGCUGUCAAUGAGCACAUGUUGUGUCAGGGUGGGGCCAAGGUGCCUCUUGUCCCUCAGAUUCCCCCAUCGAGGUCACAGAGUGGUCAUGUGGAGUCGUUAUCUCUCAGCAGUCCGAUGUCGGACUGUGUGGAUCCGGCGGCUGUGUUGACCUUCCCACUGAGCGGCUGUAAGAAGCAGGUGUCCUCUGGCUCUGAGUCACACACCGACUCAUCUGAUGACGAGGAGAUUGACGUUGUGACCGUGGAACACAAGCAUGGCAAAUCACGGCCAGUGAACUCGCGCAAACCGGUCACCAUCACGGUGCGUGCCGACCCACACGACCCAGGCACCAAACGCUUCCACAUCUCCAUCCACCAACAGCAACACAACUACGCCGCCCCGUCCCCUGAUUCAGAGCCCCCUCGCAAGAGGAUCCGCCAGGAGACUUCACAGCCCCGGCCAAGCUCCACAGUCCAUACACUGGAGAGCAAACCACACUCGCCUGUUUCAACCAUUUCCAUCCCAGUACACUCCAUGACCACCUCACCACCGCUUGCCUCAUCCCAUCAUGGCCCCAAAUCGCAGCCAUCCAGCCCUCAAAGCUCAGACAGCGAGGACAUGGACAGACGCAAGAACCACAACUAUCUGGAGAGGAAGAGACGCAACGACCUGCGUUCACGCUUCCUGGCCCUGAGAGAUGAGAUUCCUGGUCUUGUGGACUGUCCAAAGACGCCCAAGGUGGUGAUCCUGACCAAGGCCACUGAGUACCUGCGUCUGCUACACGUCACAGAUAAGCAAAAAGCCCAGGAAAAGAAGCAGCUCAAAAAUAGGCAUCAGCAGCUCCUUCGGAGGCUAGCAGAACUGAAACGCUCUUAAAGUUGUUCACAGAUCCAGGCCAGUCGCAAGGACUGUUUGUGAGAGUGCUUGGUUAAAAGUGGGUAUAAUUUAAGAUUUCAGACAUCCUGUACUUUUUGUUUUAUUUUCCAACGAUCUUUGCACAUUUGAUCCUGUAGUUCGGGGGAAGGAUAUUCCUGGUGUGUUGUGGAUUACAUAAACUUCACUGAGUUUCCCAAAGAAUGCCCUGCUGAUUAAAAGAAAAAGGGUCUACCCCCAAAUCUCUUUAAUAUUAAAACAAUCCUAAUCAGGGAUAUUCUAUACAUUUGAAUUACAUGCCAUUUGCUUGAAAUGUAGCAUUUAGCUUUUAUGCAUGUUUGACCACAUUAGUAAAGGUGGAUUUGUAUGAAGAAAUCUGCAAAUUAUCUGGUUUAAUAAGUCUUUGCCCUGCUGUGCCAUGACUCAAAUUGUUCAAAUCAUUUUGAACAUUAAAGUGAAGUUUGUGUGGCCCUUGCAAUACUCUAUCAGGACUAGAGUUCAACAAUAGUUCAGACAUUGUUACCAUUUGCCACUUGUCUAUGAAGAUCACAUAUUUAGUUAUUUAGUUUUUCUAAGUGUUCUUGUAUCGGCACAUGAGUUCAUGCCUUACCGACAUGUUGUGUAUAUAAACUGUGAGAUCUGUAUCCAUGUGUGUACAUAAUAGCUCAACUGUAUAGGUGUGUAAAGUAUAUUAUAUAUGCUUUCCAUUUUAAUACCAAAAUCGAGGUUGUUGAUGAUUUUAGGUUGUUUUUUCAUUUGUUUGUUUUUUUAAAUUUAGUUGUUUUUAUAUAUUUUACUUUCAUGUGUUCUGAAACUUGGUUGGCCCACUUGGCUUAAUCUUAUCUCAGAGUUUCUCAAAGCUUCUAUUUUUGUUAACAAAAGUAAAAAGAAAAAAAGUUAAAGCAUUAAAAUGACACUAUAGAACCUUACUUUGCAUCGCUAGUCACCUUCAUGUUUCCACUGCCUAAUCAUCUGAUUUUUAAGGGGUAUAUAUGUAAUAUUUGAUUAGUAAUUCAAAAAUGCUGAGAAGAGACUUUUAUAAUCUAUUUUCUUACAGAGUUCUGUGUUUCUUUGUAAUGUUAAUGUCUUUUUAUGUUUUCUCCCUCAUUUUUACAAAAGCUGUACUGAUGGUGUACGCUUCUUUAUUCAUCUACUAGAGUCCCAUUUUUUCCCCCCUCUUUAUUAUAGUACAUUUAUUCUUCCUAGUGCAAUAUCCUUUUGAAUCGUGCAACUUUAUAGUUCUUCUGGUAUAAUGUCAUCAUGCUGCAUGGCACACUGCUUUCUCACACCUAAACUUUCCCCCACUUAACUGAAGAACCCUUUUUAGUAUCGCUGUUAUUCCAAAGGCUGAUUUGCACAUCAUCUUCUGCCUUAAUCCUUUUCCUAUUCGCCCUAGUCUUGAAUUUAAGUCACUACAAAUGGCAAUUCUCCACUGUAAAUCACUUUCAGUGUUGGACUAGGCCUAAUCGGUCUGAAAAAUAAUCCAAAGAAAAACUAUAGUAGCUCAUUGUUGCUUUUCAUCACUGAUCACUUUCUCUAUUCUUGAGACUUUAUCUCGAAGAUGCAUAUACCAUCAGCAAGCUCAACACUCUCAGUCUUAUUUAUGUUUAUUUCUAGUGGAAGAGCCAAGCUUUAAGAAUGCAUUUGUUACUGUUAAAAUUUGUCACACACAUUUUCUCUUUUUGCUGAUUGUUUUUUGUUUUUGUUUUUUUAGUUGUUGCUCCUUUUUUCACUUCGUCUCUCCUAGUGGCUAAUUGUUGCACUUGGAGAAUGACAGCAGCAUUAAGCACUUUGUGUUCAGUACCUCAUGAGCCCAUAGAAGUCAGACAAUUAAUAAAUUCAAAAUCAAAACAA